AUGUGUGCAUCAUUUGUUUUUAACAUUUCAACAUUUUGCAGUGACUGUAAAACUUGCAAAGAGUUUGUCAGAUUUCUUCCAGGAUAUGAAUUCGAAUUGUUGUUUAUUAUAGUUCCUGUGAUAGUUGUGUGUGCUGAUGAUUUGGAUACUUUUGAUGAGAGUGCAACAAACAUCGGUUUAUCAAUAGUUGCGCAGUGUGCUUUUUUUUUUUUCUUUUCUUCUGGUAUUGGCAUAAAUGAAGGCGCGGAUUCAUGGAUGAAACAAGGUCAUGAUAACUUACAGUUUGGCGGAAACGAUCUACUGGUAAGCGUUGCAUUCAAGUCCGAUAGUUCCGGUGAGGAAGGGUUAUUAGAAUAG